AAUCAAUCGCAACAAAAAUGGAAUUUCUUCGGACUCAACGGUUGUGUCUCCACUUAAUUGGGUUCAGUUUUAAAAAGAAUGAGAGUCGAGUCCUGAAAUUGUAUUCUUUAUUGAGUUGGACAUCAAUUUUAUUUAUCAUUAUACCAGAAGCACAUUUCGUUAUUGAGAAUUUGACGGAUAUACCACUAGCCACAGAUGCUUUGUGCACUCAGUUUACAAGUAUGUUGUCAUUAAUGAAGAUAGCGACGUUGUAUUUUAAGAAGGAUACAUUUUAUCGCAUAAUUGAACAGUUGGACAAUAUGUGGCGAAAAAGUUCAACGAGUGACCGUCGUAUUUUGGAAGAGGGAAACACGAUUGACAAACGUUUAACAUUGGUUUAUCUCGUUUCAUCAAUGCUUGUUGCUGUGCUGUAUUUGUUGUUCCCUAUUGUUAAAGGAAUCUAUGAUCUUUUUACUACUGGCGCAGCAGAAUGGAUUAUGCCUAUGCGUUCGAUAUUCAUUUACGACAUCUCAGCAUCGCCUAACUAUGAACUUACAUACUUAUGGUUUGUUCAAUGCACGGGUCUGGCCGUAUUCGGUUCCGUUGGUGUGGACUGCUUGUUUUACGGCAGUUCAUUGAACAUUAGCUCACACUUUAAAAUCAUUCAGAAGAAAGCUAGGAACAUCAAGUUCGAUCAACUGAUGAUCAAGCGGAAUGCACGAUACACUACUAACCGAGUUGCUACAGAAGAGUUCUUCGGCUUAAUCAAGCAGCAUCAAAAAAUCUUAAAUAUUUGUGAAGAGUUUGAAGAGAUGUAUUCGACGAUAUUGUUCGCCCAAUUUUUGACUACAUCCGCUCAAUUGUGUGUUAUUGCAUUUCAGUUAACAUUGCCUAAUCAGCAGCUGAUUAUGAUGGCCACUUUCGUUUUAUUUUUAUCAGCAAUUUGUUUUCAACUAUUCACCUAUUGUCAUGCAGGAUCACAACUUACAGCCGAAAGCCUAGCAGUUGCCGAAGCAAUAUAUGAUAGCAAUUGGUACGAAGCGACGCCAUUGAUAAGGCAAUUAAUUGCAUUCUUCUUAAUGAGGUCACAAAAGAGUGUUAUAAUGUCAUCAGGAUUUUAUGUGGCCAACCUUGAAACAUUCAAUGCGAUUUUAAGUGCGGCAGGUUCGUACAUAGCCAUUUUACAAUCGUUGUCGGAGGAAAACAACUGAAAUGAUGAAGUUAGGCCAAGCAAUAUUUUACAUCGAUUUGAGAAAA